AACAGAUAGAGUGCAACAACAAAACCCACCUCAAAUUCAUCACCACUACCUUCUACAGACUUGUUGGAGGAAAGAAAAACUGGGUCUUUACCUGUUUCUGGAACUGUAGCUUCAAUCGCUUUUUUGAGUUCUUUCAGGCAAAAUGUCAAACACGUAGAGUGCAACAAUGAGCUGACAUUUUUGUGUCCAUUGGUGAUGUUACAGAAAGAGAUUACCUUGUUUUCACUCAAUGGGAAGACGACAAAUUAAUGGUGGUAUUGAUUUUUGGGGAAUCGUGCCACCGCCGAGUAUGGCUCCGGCAGAAACAAAUGGUGGUGGUGAACUAGAAGGAGGAGAUCAUUGGAGAAACUUUGACAACUCUGUAAAUGCUGUAUCAUUUGGUUUCGUUGCGACUGCUAUUCUUAUUUCUAUGUUUUUAGUAAUGGCGAUUUUCGAGAGAUUUCUCCGGCGAAGACCAUCGUCUUCCGGUGGUGAUCGGAAUAGUUCCGAUCAAAUGAGAGUUCAGAGGAAACUUGAUUAUCCUUCUCCUGAGAUGACUUUUUACGCGAAUGGAGUAUCAGUACUGAUGCCUGGGGAAGAAGUUCCUACCUUCAUCGCACAUCCUGUACCCGCGCCUUCUACUAUGGAAUGUACAUCUCAACCCCUUCAUCACCAAAACGACGCGUCUCCUUCAAGUCCAGCCUCAACUUCUACUAGUCAUAUCUACAGUUGACAACAAUACAGAUAAGAAAUUGAAAUUUAUGGUUGUCACAAUCACAAAAACCUCUAUGUGUAAGUAGAUAUUUGUUAGGAAAAAAUGUCCACUCAUACAUUAAAACUUAAGGGCUUUUUAACCUUGAGGAACUUUUCAUUGUUUUACGUUAUAGUGUAAUAUGAUUUGAACACUGGCUUUCUUAUUCAAACCCCUUCUUUACAUGGAA